AUGACAGCCUUUGUCUAUGCCAUCAUCAUUGCAUUGGUCUCUUCUUUUGAUUCUUUUUCGCAUGCUUAUUCUGACAAUAGAAAAUUUGGAGGAGGAGGAUGUGAGGCAGUGGCUCUCUUGACAUGGAAAGCUAGCUUUGAAAAUCACAGCCAAUCUCUCCUGUCAUCAUGGAAUGGAAGUGAUCAUUGCAAUUGGGCUGGAAUUGGUUGCAAUAAGGCCAGUAGAGUCAUCCAUGUAGACCUUGAGAACUUUGGUUUGAGAGGUAAGCUUUCCACUUUAAGCUUUGCUUCCUUUCCUCAUCUCCUCAGCCUUGACCUUUCAAACAACUCAUUCUACGGGACCAUCCCUCCAGCGAUUGGUAGCCUUUCGAGACUCACGGACCUUAACUUGUCCAACAAUCUUCUUUCAGGAGUGAUCCCAUCAGAAAUGGGAAUGCUCAGUUCUCUCAGCGAACUCUCUUUGCAAUCUAACCAACUCAUGGGUUCAAUACCUCCAUCUCUAGGAAAGUUGGGUAAUACGACUGUAUUAUGCCUUUUCGGAAACCAACUUUCUGGACCCAUUCUGGAACAAAUUGGGAUGCUUACAUCUCUUAUUGAUCUCGACCUAUCUGAAAACAAUCUCACAGGUUCUAUCUCUACUUCUAUAGGAAGCUUGUGCAACCUGAUCAGUCUAUACCUUGAUGACAACCACCUCUCAGGAUGUAUCCCUUCCACUAUUGGGAACUUGACGAGCCUCAAAGUGUUGUCUUUGCAUCUAAAUCAACUAUCAUGCUCAAUCCCCCCUGAAUUAGGAAAGCUGAGCUCCCUUACUAAUCUAAGAUUGUCAGCUAACAAACUCAUUGGCUCUCUUCCUCUGGAGUUGGACAACCUUACGCAUUUGGAGAACUUCGAUAUAUGUUACAACAAGCUCACAGGUCAUCUACCAAAGAAUCUAUGCCUCGGCGGAUCACUUGAAAGUUUGCUUGCAUUCCACAACUCCUUAAUAGGUCGUAUCCCUAAAAGCUUGAUGAAUUGCACAAGCUUAUGCCAUGUAAGGCUUAAUCGAAACGAACUCACGGGAAACAUAUCAAAAGAUUUUGGCUUACUCCCAAACAUGUAUUAUAUUGACCUGAGUUAUAAUUUUUUCUAUGGAGAGCUUUCUAUGAACUGGGGGAAGUCCUAUAACUUGACUCUCCUCAGGAUCUCCGACAAUGAACUUUCUGGACAGAUAUUGCCUGAUCUUGCAGGUGCAACUCAGUUACAAGUACUUGACCUCUCUUCAAAUCAUCUAGUCGGGGAGAUUCCAAGUACGUUGGGGAAGUUGAUUUCAUUGUUUGAUCUAAAUCUAAGAGGGAACAAACUUUCCGGAAACAUUCCAGCAGAAAUUGGCAGCCUAUGUAAGUUGCAACAUCUUGACUUGGCAGGAAACAAUCUUAGUGGGUUGAUUCCAAGGCAGUUGGGGCAAAGUGUGAAUCUAAUUAAGUUGAGAUUGAGCAGAAAUUCACUGACAAAGGCUAUUCCAAUAGAAAUAGGCCAACUACGUUUUCUUCAGAAUCUUGACCUUGGAAACAAUUCAUUAACAGGUGAGAUACCACAACAGACGGGAAAUUUGCAAAGCUUAGAGAUAUUAAAUCUCUCCCACAAUAGGCUAUCUGGUUCUAUCCCAUCCUCUUUCAGUGGAAUGUCAAGUUUGACAUUUGUUGAUAUAUCUUACAAUCACUUGGAGGUCCUCUGCCCGAAACCCGAGUCUUUCAACAUGCCCCAUUUGAGACAUACAGAGAUAAUGAUGGAUUAUGUGGCAAUCAAACUGGUUUAA